AUGAUUUAUUAUAACAAUAUGUUGUAUGAGAAAGUAGACAGAGUGUUACCUCCCAGGAGGAGCUUUCAGAAAAAGCCAAUUAUCUGGAUAUUCCUUAUCUUGGCUUUCCUUGCCAUGUAUAAGUUGCCGUUAUCUUUGUUUUCCACAAAGCAAGAUGUUAUCGACCCCAAAGCUGUUAUUCUCAAUGCCCUUGAAAUCAAUUUAGCUGGCAAUUGGUCACGGAAGUAUACUGCUGAACCACACUUGGCUGGAACAAACUAUGAUUUGGUUGCAUGGACUGAACUGAAAUUUAAGGAGUACGGGCUUAAAACCCAAGUUGACACCUAUGAUAUUUAUGUUAGUUAUCCAAAGGACCAUGAUUUAAAAUUGAUUAACAAAAAGGGCCAUGUCGAGUACCAGCCAUCAUUAAAAGAAGAUGUAAUUGAUGAAGAUCCAACCACACAUGGUAACGACACGAUCCCUACAUUUUUGGGAUAUGCUGCCAACGGGAAUGUAACUGCUGAAUACGUGUUUGUCAACUACGGGACUAAAGAAGAUUUUGAUUUUUUAAAGCAGCAAAAAGUUAAUAUUACUGGUAAAAUUGCCAUUGCUCGUUAUGGUAAAAUUUUCCGUGGAUUAAAGGUUAAAUUUGCCCAGGAACAUGGUGCUGUUGGUGUUUUGAUAUAUUCAGACCCUGGGGAUGACCAAGGAAUCACACCUACCAAUGGGUAUAAACAGUAUCCCCAUGGACCUGCACGUCAAGAAAGCUCUGUUCAAAGAGGCUCUGUACAAUUCUUGUCACAAAUUCCUGGAGACCCAACUACCCCAGGCUACCCUUCUAAGGGAGAUGUUGAGCGCAAAGACCCUCAUGAGAGUAUUGGUAGAAUCCCCGCUUUGCCGAUAUCCUAUCGUGAGGUUAAACCCAUAUUGGCCAAAUUAAAUGGAUUUGGUAUACAACCAGAUCUGUUUGCUGGUGAAUUGGAAGGAUUUGACUACUUUACUGGCCCAAACCCAAAAUACACGUUAAACUUGUAUAAUGACCAAAUUUACAACAUUACACCAUUGUGGAAUGUUUAUGGAGAAAUUGAAGGUCAGAACAAAGACGAGGUGAUUAUAAUUGGCAAUCACAGAGAUGCAUGGAUCAAGGGAGGGGCAUCUGAUCCCAACAGCGGUUCUGCUGCUUUAUUAGAGAUUACUCGUGCUUUAAAUGAAUUAAAGCAGCAAAAUUAUAAAUUCAAGCGUACGAUAAUUUUGCAUAGUUAUGAUGGCGAAGAGUAUGGGCUUUUAGGCUCCACUGAGCAAGGGGAAUACUAUGCAGAAAAAUACCAACGUAAUGUUGUCGCAUAUUUGAACUUGGACGAUGCUGUUUCGGGAAAACAUUUCAAGUUAAGUGCAUCUCCUGUAUUAGACGAGGUAUUGUUAGCCGUUGCCAAAGAAUUGCAAUACCCAGAAAAGGGAGCUGGUAGUUUGUAUGACCAUUGGUUGGCCAAUGGCGGUAGAAUUAAACCCCUUGGAUCCGGGUCUGAUUACACAGUUUAUCUCGAUCAUCUCGGGAUUCCCUCUGUCGAUUUGGGGUUUGCCGGUGGGAAAGGGGACCCAGUAUAUCAUUAUCAUUCAAAUUAUGACUCUUAUCACUGGAUGGAGAAAUUUGGAGAUGAGGGGUUUGUAUUUCAUAAUUUAUGUGCAAAAUAUGUACUGUUGCUUGCAUUACAAUUAUCAGAGAGAGAAGUCAUUGAUUUCAGACUUUCAAACUACUCAAAAAAGUUGCAAGAGUAUUACAACUCCACUAUAUCAACCAUUCCCAAGUCUUGGUUGAACAAGACGGUAGAAUCCUCCCUUGGCAACACAGACUGGGAAGAAUACAAUUUUAUCAAUAAAGUCACCAAUGGUUACUACACAGAAGAAAUGCCAGAGGGCAACCAAUGCAGAAUGAUGAGGUAUAUCCACCACUAUAAACACAAAACAACUUUGCAAGAAUUGGUAACUGCAACUUUCCAGAAAUUGGAGAAAUUUGAUAACGUGACCCAAUCAUUGGAUCUCACGUCCUUCAAAUUGCAAGCACUUUAUGAUGAUUAUGACAAUUUACCAUUGUGGGAGAGGAUCAAAUUACAUUUCCGUAUCAGACAUCACAAUAAAUUGUUACAGUAUUUUGAAAGAAACUUUCUCCAUCAAAAGGGAUUACAUAACAGGUUCUGGUUUAGACACAUUGUUUAUGCCAGCGGAAGAUACACUGGAUAUGCCGGACAAACAUUACCAGGAUUAAAUGAAGCUAUUGAAGAUGGUGAUUUUGAUAGAUUUGUACACUGGGUUAAUAUCUUUGCGAGAACUUUGAAGAGAAUCAACAGACAUUCAUAA